AGGAAUACAGAACUAUUUUUAAUAUGUCUGCGCCCACGGAAUGAUGCACAUUUCAUACUUUGCUGCGUUUCUGACAUCUGUCAGCACAUAGGCCUAAAUAUGGGUAGACCAUAGAAGGACAUUCACAAAACACAGAAGUGAAUAUCAAACACAACAUCAUGCAUCAAAAAUGUUCUUAGAGUUAAAACUUAUAACAUCAGAUCAAAAGGAGAAUAUCUCGCUAUAGGGGAAGUGUUCCCAACCUGUUAAAAGAAACGGAGAGGGCUACAUUAUUGCAGCUUCCUGGACCAGUGUCAGCUCGUUACUUGUCUUUGAGUUUGUUAACCCAACAUCAAAAAGAUCAGUUUCUCCAUGGCAAAAAUACAAGAACUGCAGACAUUAUCUGGCCACCAGGACCGGGUUUGGUGCGUGGCAUGGAAUCCAACUGGAACACUGCUAGCUUCCAGUGGUGGAGACAAAACAAUCCGGAUCUGGGGAAAAGAGGGGGACAAAUGGGUGUGUAAGAGCAUCCUGGCAGAAGGCCACCAGAGAACUAUCCGCCGAGUUGACUGGUCCCCAUGCGGUAAUUACUUAGCUAGUGCCAGUUUUGAUGCCACCACUAACAUUUGGAGCAGAAAAGAGGGAGAAUUUGAGUGUAUCGCAUCCCUUGAAGGUCACGAGAAUGAGGUCAAAGCCGUAUCCUGGGCUCCGACUGGAUUAUUGCUGGCCACGUGUAGUAGAGAUAAAAGUGUCUGGAUAUGGGAAGUAACGGAGGAUGAAGAGUAUGAGUGUGCUAGUGUCAUCUCUAGCCACACCCAGGAUGUUAAAUAUGUAGUGUGGCAUCCAACCAGAGAGAUGCUAGCAUCCUGUAGCUAUGACAACACAAUCAAACUGUUCAGAGAGGAGAUAGAUGAUUGGACAUGCUGUAACACUUUGGAAUCCCAUACCUCCACUGUGUGGAAGUUGAGCUUUGACCACACAGGUCACAGGAUGGUUUCAUGUAGUGAUGAUAAAACAUUGAAAAUUUGGCAGGAGUAUUUACCAGGAAAUCCGGAGGGGGUAGAUACUACAGGCAAAGACUCGACAUGGAAGUGUGUGUGUACAGUGUCAGGCUAUCAUAACAGAGUAAUAUACGAUGUAGAUUGGAGUCACACAACUGGUUUAAUUGCCUCAGCAUGUGGUGAUGACUACAUCAGAAUAUUUAAAGAAGAGACACCUGAUAAAAACCAGCCAUCCUUUAGUCUGGUCUGUAGCCAGAACAAAGCCCAUUCACAGGACAUAAACUCUGUAUCAUGGAAUCCAAAAGAAGCAGGUCUACUGGCUUCAGGCAGUGAUGAUGGCGAUGUUAAGCUAUGGAAAGUGGUGUUUGAUUAAAGUCUUACGUAUCAGAAUUACUA